AUGCAUCAAACAGCUGCGGUUUACCUCAAAUCUAGGCUUCUCUGUACUCAAUGCCCCCUAAGGCCCCACCUUUUGGGCCUCGGCCGACCACCCCUUCCCUUGAGAAGCAUCUUCUUCGCCUUCUCAUUGGGGCUCACUGUUGCUCUCCCACCGGGCAACCGGAUUAGCCGGCCAGACGGUCAGCAAUUUUCGAUUAAUCUUAGCGCCAUUAUCACCGCUUCCCCUGUCUGCCAUACAUACAUGCAUACAAAAUAG